AUUCAUUCGUCGUCAGUACGUUUCAAACAUCCAAUCGACGCAGUGUUUCUCGGGCUUAUCGUGUAACUAACAUGACGGAGGCCAACAACUUACUUGCUCUUCUCCAACGUCCUCUGGAGCCAACAUUUCUUCCGAAAGACGACGGAAAAACGGUCAUUGAUGUUCCGGAUGAUUUCCUAACUGAUCGUUAUCGUCCGAUUGGGGCUGAGCUUCAGUCUCGAUUCUCCAGCGAUGCUGAACAACGGAUUCCCAUUCGAAGCACGGCUCCACCAGAUCUCUCCUUUGCCGAUGGUAUCGACCGUCGUGGACCGUUUUCUCUUUUUAUCCCUAAACAUCGAGAAGCAGCUGCUACGUUGAUCACCUUGUUCAUGAAUCAGCCUGAUGUGCAGACGUUGAUGAGUGUUGCAACCUACAGUCGAGAUCGUGUAAAUCCUGUGCUGUUCCAGUAUGCUCUAGCUGUUGCCAUUCAACAUCGCCCGGAUACCAAGGACGUCAAUAUCCCAUCGAUAGUUUCGCUAUUUCCUGAUCAGUUCGUAGAUCCAGCUGUGUUUCCUAAGUUACGCGAAGAAGGUUCUGUCGUUCAGCGAGCUAAUAGGAUGGUGAUCGAUAUCCCACCGAACUACACAGCUUCAGAUCGCGAGGAAGAACAACGGCUUGCCUACUUCCGAGAAGACAUUGGUGUUAAUAUGCACCACUGGCAUUGGCAUUUGGUGUAUCCUGGAGACGGUCCCGAUUCGGUAGUCCGUAAGGAUCGUCGGGGAGAACUGUUUUACUAUAUGCAUAGUCAGUUGAUUGCUCGAUACAAUAUUGAACGUUUCUGCAAUCGUCUUGCACGAGUUAAAAAUCUCUCAAAUCUGCGCGAGCCGAUUCCCGAAGCGUACUUCCCCAAGAUGAUUCGCAGCUCCAAUGCUCGAUCCUAUCCGGGAAGACACGCCAACAUUACAUUGCAAGACGUUAAUCGCGUAGAUAACAAUACUAAUGUUCAGGUGAAUGAUCUGGAACGUUGGCGCGACCGUAUCCUUGAGGCUAUCGAUCAAGGAUUUGUGUUGGACACGCAAGGAAAUAGAAUUACAUUGGAUGAAACUCGAGGUAUUGAUAUUCUGGGAGAUAUUGUGGAAGCUUCAAGCCUAUCGCCAAACCAGCGUCUGUAUGGUAGUCUUCACAAUAUGGGACAUAACGUUAUUGCCUACAUCCACGAUCCGGAUUACCGCUACCUGGAAGAUUAUGGCGUGAUGGGUGAUGUGACCACUGCAAUGCGUGAUCCCAUUUUCUACCGCUGGCAUGGAUUGAUCGAUCAGAUAUUCCGACGCUUCAAGGACUCGCUCACUCCGUACACGUCAUCUGAUCUGACAUUCCCGGGAGUUACCGUCAACUCCGUCGGAGUGCAGCUGAAUGGUGCCAACACUCCACCGAAUGUUCUCUUGACCUACUGGCAACGAUCACAGGUUAAUUUGGCAUCGGGGCUGGACUUUGGACCGGAGGGCAAUGUGUUUGCUUCGUUUACUCAUUUGCAACACGCCCCAUUUGCAUUCCGGGUGGAGAUCAACAACGAUACCGGUGCCGUGCGACGAGGAACCUUGAGAAUCUGGUUGGCUCCAAAAGUGGACGAACGAGGAACACCGCUUACGUUCCAAGAGCAGCGAACGUACUUUGUGGAAAUGGAUACAUCUACCGUGACGUUGAACCCCGGAGUCAACACUAUCGUGCGUCGUUCGGACCAAUCCAGCGUAACGAUCCCAUACGAACGCACCUUCAGAGCCGUAGGUAACACCACUCAGCCCAGUGAUCCGAAUGCGUUGGCUCAGUUCCGAUUCUGCGGCUGCGGUUGGCCCCAACAUAUGCUCAUCCCGAAGGGAGCCGCUGGCGAUGGCGUUGAGUUCGAUAUUUUCGCCAUGGUAACAGACUACACCCUGGAUGCUGUAGAUCAAACGUCGGACACCCUUGGACCGUGCGAUGAUGCACACUCGUUCUGCGGUUUACGUGAUAAGCUGUACCCCGACCGUCGAGCCAUGGGAUUCCCCUUCGAUCGCAAGGUUGAGGCGUCGGUCGCUACACUACAGGACUUUGUUACUCCCAACUCCAACAUGAGGACCAACUCUCUUAGGGUACGGUACACCAACAAACUGAUCGCCCGUGCUUAGACUCUUUUCUCUAGUAAAAUUAAACAAAUAUACAGCAACAUUUUUGGCCUUGCAAUCGUUAUCUAAUCAAUCAGAAUAAAUGCAUCUUAAACUAUGAUUCA